UCGAAAUGAGGUGGCAAUUCACGUCAUUCUCAAAGGCGCAUGCAGUCAAGGUAAGGUCUGAGGCAAACCUGAUAGGGAGAUGUCGGCUGCGCUUCGACGGCUGGAGAAUUGAGGGGUCGUAACCGGCAAAGUCCAUGGUAUGAAUCGGUUACCCGAGCGCAUCCAAAAGAACCAUUCGUGAACCGACACAUUCGUCAAGAUGACCAAGACAGAACGUAUCAACCUUUCUACCUCGCGUCAGCGAGAAUUGCCGCAAUAUGGGACGGCCACUCCUUUCGAGGAUAUCCCGCCUAAAAUCGUUUCUCGCAAUAUCCUGUCCAAAACUGCAAUCGUGGGUGGAUCACUUUUGGUCGUCGGGUGCUUGGCUGCAGUCAGUCGAUCCUUGCCACCCUCAACUCCCGCACAAUCGGCAACGGUGAGCCCACGUCUUCCAGCUGAUCCAUUUGCUUCCUUCCACGAAGAAAGCCGGUCGUAUCUUGAUAAGUCGGUCGACCCGUGCCAAAACUUUUAUCAGUACGCGUGCGGGGGAUGGCUCAAGACGGCAACCAUCCCGGACGACGCCACCAGUAUUGACACGUCAUUUUCAAUCGUGUCUGCGGCGAAUGCUGAGAUCAUCAACGACAUCAUGACCAACCGACCCCCCUUGAUCGAUCCGCUGUACCAGUCGUGUUUGAUUGGUGAAGACGUUGACCCCAACGCGAUUCACGCGAUUUCGCUCAAGCUCGAACAUUUGGCGAAUCUGAAGAGCGUCGACGACGUCCUGGAGUACGCAGGGCAACUUUACGCGCUCACUGACACAAAAUCGUUCUUCGAUGUCAGCGUCGAAGCGGAUGCCAAGAAUGCAUCGAGCAACAUCUUAACCAUCGGCCAAGGAGGCCUCACGUUCCCAGCAAAAGAGUAUUACACGGACAAGCACAAGAGCACCAAGUACUUUUCCCUUUUCGUCACGUACGCGCAAACCUUGGGCCACAUCAAAGCAUUCCCGAACCACAACGUGUCGCAGUUUGCCCAUCGAAUUCUAAACCUCGAAGAGUCGUUCGCGAAUGUAUCCGAGUCGAGGGCCGAGCAACGAGAUCCAUGGGCGCACUACAAUCCCGUACUUGUAGCCGACCUUCCGGUCAAGUACCCUCACGUAACCAAGUACUUGCAAGGGGCAGGAAUUUUCAACCGGCUCGUUGAAACGAAUGCAUCGGUUGUGGUGGAAUCGCCAACCUUCCUCCACAACCAAAAGCAGCUCCUCGACGCAAUCCCCGACCUGCAGAUUGUCAAAAGCUACGUGAGUUUCCACCUCAUCGAUGCACAAAGUCAAGUGCUAGGCGACACGUUCCGUCAAGCCAACCAUGAGUUCCACGGCGCGCUGCGAGGCAUCGUUCGCAAGCAAGAGCGCAAAGAUUUUUGCUUUUCCCUGACGCAGUCGCUGCUUGGGGACGUCGUUGGCAAGUACUAUCUAAAGCGUGUGUGGGACUCCCAAACGAAGAACGCCGCAAAGACAUUGAUCCAGGAGAUUGAAUCGUCCAUGGACUCUGUGUUACAGAACGAAGUAUGGCUGGACAUCGCCACGCGAGAGAAAGCAUUGGAGAAGCUCCACCACGUGUUCAAUUUGGUUGGUGGUCCGGACGACAUCCCAGAGCUUUCAUUCAACAUAUCCGCGACCGACUUUUGGUCGAACGUGAUGCAUUUCAAAGGAUUGAAGUUUCAAUCGAAGGUCGAGAGCAUUGGCAGUGCUGUCGACCACAAGGGAUGGGGUAUGACCGCUUCGACCGUCAAUGCGUACUACGAGCCCACUGAGAACAAGAUGGUGUUUCCAGCUGCGAUCAUGCAGCAACCGUUCUACAGUGCCCGGCAUUUGCCAGAUGUGGCCAACUACGCUCGAAUUGGAAUGAUCAUGGGCCAUGAGCUCACGCAUGGCUUCGACGACGAAGGACGGAACUUUGACAGCGACGGCAACAUGCACGUUUGGUGGAGUGCGAACGUCAGUCGCACGUACGAUGAGAAGACCAAGUGCCUUGCAGACCAGUACUCGUCCUUUGACGUGCUCACCCUCGAUCGAACGAAACGGAUCGGUCAUGUCGAUGGUCGCCUGACGUUGGGUGAAAACAUCGCGGACAACGGUGGUCUCAAACUUGCAUACCUGGCGUACUUGCAUUCGAAAAGAAAUGUCACGCCUGUUCCCACACCCGAGCAAAGGCAAGCCGACGCGAAAGCGUACUUUUUGGCGUUCGCCCAGGGCUGGUGCGGCAAGUACACGGACUCGUACGCCGAGCUCUUGCUCACGUCGGACCCGCAUUCCCCCAACAAGUGGCGUGUCAACGGCCCGAUCAUGAAUUCACAGGCGUUUGCCGAUGCGUAUCAGUGCCCUGUCGGAAGCUCAAUGAACCCCUCGAAGAAGUGCGUUGUGUGGUAAAAUUGAGCAUUCCUGGAGUGCCACGUAAUAGACUUGAUAUUUGUAUAAUCUCAACGAACCCUAAUGAACGAUCCCAUCCGGUGAUCC